CGGGACCUGGAGCCCGGACGGAGUCGCGGAGGAGCGGGUGGCAGUCCUGGCCUCGGUCGCCGGCCUUAAAGCUCCGGGGUUCGGGCGCGGGACAGGCCGCCUUCACAACUUCUCCUUGGUUAUAUUCAUGUUCUGAGGAGGACAUAAGAAGGAACAAUGGAUCCCACAGCCUUGGUGGAAGCCGUUGUGGAAGAAGUAGUCUGUCCCAUCUGCAUGACCUUCCUGAGGGAGCCCAUGAGCAUCGACUGUGGCCACAGCUUCUGCCAUAGCUGUCUCUCUGAACUCUGGGACUUCCCAGGAGAACCCCAGAACUGGGGUUACACCUGUCCCCUCUGUCGAGCUCCUGCCCAGCUAAGGAACCUGAGUCCUAAUUGGCAGCUGGCCAGUGUUGUAGAAAAAGUCCGUCUGCUAAGGCUACAUCUAGGAAUGGGGCCGAAGGGUGAUGUGUGUGAGCGCCAUGGGGAACAGCCAAAGGUGUUCUGCAAAGACGACGGCCUGGUAAUGUGUGAGGCCUGCAGCCGGUCCCCGGAGCAUGAGGCCCACAGUGUCAUGCCUGUGGAGGAUGUUGCCUGGGAGUAUAAGUGGAAACUCCAUGAGGCUCUAGAACAUCUCAAGAAAGAGCAAGAAGAGGCCUGGAUUGGUGAGAGAAAACGAACUGCUGACUGGAAGAUACGAGUUGAAACCCGAAAGCAGAGUAUCAUAUGGGAGUUUCAGAAAUACAGGCGAUUACUAAUGCAAAAAGAGCCACCAGGGCGGCAGCUGGAGGGAGAGGCAAAGGCAGCUCUGGCCAGCCUGGAGCAGGAGGAAGGGGAGACCCUGCAGAAACUGCAGUCGAACCAUGAGCAGCUCACUCAGCAGAGCCGGGCCCUGUUGCGGAUGAUCGCAGAGCUGGAAGAGAGGUCCCAGUGGCCUGUCCGCUGGAUGCUGCAGGGUAUUGAGGAAAUCUUACACAGGAGCAAGUCUUGGAGCCUGCAUCAGCCAGAACCAGUGUCCCUGGAGCUGAAGACAGAUUGCCGUGUGCUGGGGCUAAGAGGAAUCCUGAAGACUUAUGCAGCUGAUGUGUGCCUGGAUCCUGACACUGCUUAUUCACGCCUCAUCGUGUCCGAGGACAGAAAACGUGUGCACUAUGGAGACACCGAGCAGAACGUGCCUGACAAUCCCGAGAGGUUUUACCGCUACAACAUUGUCCUGGGCAGCCAGAGCAUCUCCUCAGGCCGGCACUACUGGGAGGUGGAGGUGGGCAAAAGGUCUGAAUGGGGCCUGGGGGUUUGUAAGGAAAGCGUGGACUGGAAGGAGGUGGUCCAUUUAUCCCCACACUAUGGGUUCUGGGUGAUAAGGCUGAGGAAGGGAGAUGAGUACCGAGCAGGCACCGAUGAGUACCCGCUCCUGUCCCUGCCAGUCCCUCCUCGCCGGGUGGGAGUCUUCCUGGAUUAUGAGGCUCAUGACAUCUCCUUCUACAAUGUGACUGACAGUGGCUCCCACAUUUUCACUUUUCCCCGCUAUCCCUUCCCUGGGCGCCUCCUGCCCUAUUUUAGUCCCUGCUACAGCAUUGGGGCUAAUAACACCGCUCCUCUGGCCAUCUGCUCCCUGGACAGGGACAACUAAGAGAGCUACCAUCCUGGCCAGAAGCCUCACAGUUUGUCCUGGCCUGCUGAGGUCUUGGAGGACCCUGCCCCUGACAAGUGUCCCCUUGAACUGAGCUGAGCCUAGAUCCAGGGAUACUCUGCCUGACCCAGUGGUCUUUUGCUACUAGGCCAGCGUCUGUCACUAAAGCACUCAUGUAAAAAAGCAGGAACCUAGUCAUAUGAGUGCUGCGUCCCAUGAGGGAGACGUGAUAAGGCUAUCAGUGAGGAUCAGAGCAGUCUUAAGGCAACUUGCUGGGGUUCUCUGUUCUCUAGCUCACACCCCUCUUCCCUGGUUUCUAUCUGAUGCCAGUGAGGAUGAUGGAGUGGAUACAGUCUUCAUAAAACCUUUAAAUAGGGUUUACCAACAAGCCAAAAGAACACUAUUCAUAUCCAGAGCUGGUUGCUAUGCUGAGACCACUCAAGGGCUGCUUUCCCUGAGGUUUGUUGCAACCGAGCACCCUAUAUUUGACCCAACUCUCUGACCCACUGACUAGAGAAAUUUAGUGCAGCAGAGAAUACAGGACCUGCCCAGACCACCCUCUGCCAUCUCCUCUCUGAGCACAAGCUGGGAAGAUCACUGUUUCUCAAACUCUAAGGAGACCAGUGUCCAAGUCCUGCCCUUAGUGGAAGGAUCAGAAAACCUGUGAGCCUUAGUUUUUGUAUUUUCACUUUAUGGAUGAAGAAACAAAAAAUGGUUUUAAUGAAGCAAGUUAUUUCUUAUAAGACUGUUAAAGAUAAGAUUAUGAAAAUUAUAAAGUAUUUUUCACAUUCAAAUGAAACAAGAUGAUAAACCCACUUCUCAGGUUACGUGUCUGCAUAUCUUUCAUUACAUUUGGGUCUGAAACAUCUCACUUAUUUGAAAGGUUUAAGUGUUCUCAUUGGAAAAAUUGGUGUAAUUCAACAUAAAAUCACAUAUUCUGCCAGAUAGGAUUGUUGUACAGAUCCCAGAUCCAUCCUAUGCUUGUGCUCCUUUCUCUGGGAUAGAGGCAGGCAGGUGUAUGGUAACCUUCCCAUCAUGUCUAACAUCUUUACAACAGAGCCUUUGUCUGUUAGGGGCUCUCCUGACAGUCUAGAGCCCUGCAGGCAGAAAGGUGCCCAUACCAGUAGCACACUGGGCUGCAGUAGAACAUUGUGCAUCUGACUACAUGUGUUUGGUUUUGGAUUAGAACAUGGACUGUCGCGUCAAAGCGAAAGAUGGAGAUAAUAAAAAAGUAGAAUAAGAGAACAAGAAGAAAGGCUCUCGCACCAGCUAGUUGGGCUAACAUUUGGAUCUCUUGAUGUUCAAGAGAAUCUUCAUGGUUCUAGAAACUGCGUAAUAUUUCCCCUGUGUUUCUCUUCUCUGAAUCAGUGACAGAGAGAGGAAUAGGGGAGAGAAAUGCAGGGGAAAAGAAUGGGACUAGAUGCCAAAAAGCCAGCUUUGGAGUCAUAUGUUAUAAUGAAAGGGAAUCAAGGCUAUGUCUCUGGACAAUUAACCAUAGAGUGAUUGUUAUAUGUGGCAGAAAAGGUUGUACCAAAAUAAUUUACUAAAAGUCUUAAGGAUGUGAUGUGGGAGUGAUUGUAGCUGGAAAUGCACUGUGAGGGAAGCAUAUGAGAAUUAAUGGCUCUGCUUAUUGCAAGGGGCUACAUUACGUACGACACCUUGUGUCGUCACCAUGAUUCUGCGUAACACAAUCUCUCAUGGAAUUCAGGCUUAAAGAUAGUGAUCAUUGCGUUAGGAUUGGGCAACAAAAUAGAUCCAAGAUUAAGUAUAGGCAGAA